CUAUAAUGACGAAUAGCGAGACAAGGAAGUAAGAAUCGGUAGAAAUCAUUCAAGACAUUCAAGACAUUCAAGACACCAAAAACAACAAAAGAGAAAUUGACACGUGGAAAUAUCAUGGACGAAGGUAGAUAAAUAAUAUAUCUUAACCGACAGACAUCAUUUACAUUCCGUGGACUAAUUCUCGGAGGAGUUGUUGAAAUAGCAUAUACAAACAGUCUGUUAUUGGAGCAUCCAGUCUUGUGUCAAUGCAAUUUCUCAUAGGUACUGUUAAACCAGUCGGUAAAGUCAGUCGAUGUUACUGAGGCUGAAUAAUGGUAUUUAGUGGCCCCGAUGGGUAACGAAGUGUGUACACCACUAUACAUUGUUUAUAAGACAUCAAUAUGUUGGGGAAAACUGUGAUGAAGUAAAACAGUGGCCAGGAACGUUUACGAAGCUGGUAUUUGUAAGCGGUUUGACAAUUCAUUUGUAUAAUGCAUCUGCGUAUGAUGCAUAUCACUGUAUAAUUUUUAUUGCCAGAUAUACACUUUUUUGGACUUCUGUUAUAUUGGACGGGUGCCCUGUCACGUGUCUAAUGAAUAUUUGAUGCGAAAAUUGUGCCUUGCAUUGACAGCAUCACACCUCUACUAGCAGACAGGUCAGCUUCGUCGGUCACCUCGCUGGUCACCUCGCUGGUCACUUUACAGGACAGAAUUGCGACCACUGGUCAUUCUCUCAUUGAUCUUCGCCUUCCAGCCAUGAGCACCAAGGAACACCUGGCCAAGCUUGCGGCGCUGCAGAGUCUGACAGAAGAACAGGUAGCGGAAAUACGAGAAGCGUUUAAUGUAUUUGACAAAAAUGGCGAUGGAAUCGUAUCGCUCAAGGAAUUAGGGACAGUGAUGAGGUCACUAGGUCAGAACCCGACUGACGCCGAGGUACAGGAAAUGAUCAACGAGGUAGACGCUGAUGGUAGUGGUACCAUCGAGUUUUUGGAGUUUGUGAACAUGAUGAAACGGAAGAUUGAUACCAUCGAUGACGCGGAGGAGGUCAGACAAGCAUGGCGGGUUUUUGACCGUGACGGUCAAGGCUUCAUUCACGUGGAUGAGAUGAGAUACGUUCUGACCAGUUUAGAGGAAGCAGAUGCUUCAAUUGAGGAGGUCGAUGAGUUAUUAGAGGUUGCCGACAAAGAUGGCGAUGGUCUUCUCGAGUAUGAAGAAUUCGUUAUGAUGAUUACAAAGAAGGAUUGGAGAUAGCGGGUUUCUCUCCUAGAAUGGUUAGAAGGCGUCAUCCCUUGCGGAACGCUGAUUUUUACAACGACAUGCUCCUCUGCAUCAACUGAAAUUGGCCAAUUCCCCCGUGAUAUGUGUUGAUGUUCUUUAUAUACACUUUAUAUUAACGACUUACCUGGAAGUGAACAUGACCUUAUUAAAUGAACAUGACCUUAUUAAGUGAACAUGACCCAAUUAUUUCAACACGACCCAAUUAAGUGAACAUGACCCAAUUAGGUGAGCAUGAACCAAUUAAGUGAUCAUGACCCAAUUAGGUGAGCAUGACCUAAUUAAGUAAACAUGACCCUAUUAAAUGAACAUGACCUAAUUAAUUGAGCAUGACCUAAUUAAGUGAACAUGACCCAAUUUAGUGAACAUUACCCAAUUAAUUGAACAUGACCCAAUUAAAUGAAGAUGACUUGAUUAAGUAAAGAUGACCUUAUUAAGUGAACAUGACCUAAUUAAUUGAGCAUGACCUAAUUAAGUGAACAUGACCCAAUUUAGUGAACAUGACCCAAUUAAGUGAACAUGAUAUUUUUAAGUUCCAGGAAUAAUAUCGAGCUGUAACAUCAAGACAGACAAUUUUUUUCUUUUCAGUUUUAUUCAGAAUUGUGUGUAUUUCGCUCUUCAUAUAUAAAUAUCACCAAUACAACAGUAUAAGGUAUAUUCAGUAACAAAAUACAGUACCACUCAUACUUUCAUUUCAUGCGCAAUUCAAUUUCACAAACAAAUACACAUAUGUAUUUAUAUAUAAAUAAGUUUCAGAAAUAAGUUAAAAUAGUAUAUAAUAAAAAAAACAUUCUGCAAUCAGUUGUGCCUGGCACGGUGCACGUGCGGUUAAAUGCUCGAUGUGAGUUUAACCUCCUUUGAAAAUGGUUCCUUACCUUUCGGAAAAGUGAUUCAUUUUGAAUCUGUUUUUUCUUUGUAGAUUAUCUUAGUUGAUUUUUGAUAAAACAUUGAAGAGAUAACUAUUUAUAUUUGAAUCAUAUAAAGAUGCAAAUCACAAGUAGUAUCUCUUGUAACAUAAAUCAUGAAGAACGAUAACUCUUACACAUAUGAGAUGUAAUGUAUGGCCUUAAUUGAUAUUUGACAAAGACGUUCUUCCCCUUUGAGAUCAGUACUCUGUAUAUUAUGACUUUUAAUACACAAUAUUCUCUGCGCAUUUCACAUCAGUGGUAGAAAAUAUAUCACUCGAUUCAUGUGUUGAUAUGAAGAUAAAAUAAAUAAACGAAUAAAAACUGUAAUCGGAUUUAAUGAAAGGUCACUAUAAAUAAAGUUUACCCUGUUUUGACACUAAUAAUCUAUAAUUAGGCCUUCGUUGAUAUGCCCGCUUUAUAUACUUAAUUCAGUAUUCAAAAUAUUUAACAGAAUAUAUCUGUCUUCCAUUACAAACUCGUAUCAACACACGAUCUUGUUCUUGUUUGAAAAGUCAAUGUUACGUCACUUUAGAUGUAUUUUUUUAUUAAAUAUUUCCUAAAUAUAGCCAUUUGACAACAGCUUAUAAGUGUAUAUUUAAAACCACCAAGUAAGGGAGAAAACUCUGCACACCAGCCGGGCACAUAUGUUCCCGCACCCAAUCACAUAACCCACACUUGAAACCAUUGAAUAAAUACAAUGUUUUUCAUUCAUUUUAUAAUUUAAGUAGUUUUCUUUUUAUGAUAUAUUCAACCUAAAUAAAUAUGUAUAUAUCACACAUGUCCAUCAUUUAAAUAUCAUUUUAAGUAAUAUAUAUAUAUAUAUGUUCAUGAUAUGCACAAAGUAAUUCAUACUUUUUGGGAAAGUUAUAACACUUGUGUCACAAUAUUAUUAUUACAAUUCAGUAUGUACAUUUCAUUUAAAGAAAUUUUAUUCCAUCCUGAAAAUAUCAGUAUUGUAUAGGUUGCCAAGUGUAUUGAUGUAAUUUCAGAAUGUUCAAUCAUUGUUUAAUUCUAUGGUUUCUUUAUUAUCGUGACAUUAAAAUAAUAUAUUUUAUACGUCACUAUAUAAAUAUUAAUAUAUAAACUAUUUACAAACAAUUGCUCAUUUUAUAAACCUCUUUAUACUGCCAUUUAUAGAACAAUGACUUAAAUGCCGUUUUAAUGGUAAGAUUCUGAUAUUUACUUGAGACAGAAAUAGGGGACAAAGAAAACAUUUAAUUGUUAACAAUAUAUCAAAGGAAACAAUAGCUCAGAAUUAUCUUAAGUUUAAACUCUAUGUUAUCUGACACUAGAACUGAUUAUCGAUAUAUAAAUCUCCAAUAGCAUUUUUGCAUUGAAAUAUUGGAAUAAAAGAUUUAUAUACUUCAGUUUUAACUUCAAAACCCUUAAAAUAAAUAUGGACAUAGUCCCUCUUAGAUUCAUUACAUAUGUUUAUGUUUUUCAGCGUUAAAGUCAAUACAUUCAACUCGUUUCCCAUUUAGUGUAUGUGCUGAAUAGAGUUUGAAGUUUAUGUUAUAUGCGCGACCUUAAUGAACUAGACUAUGUUUAAUCUGGUCUAGAGAGAUCGAAUUCGUCAACACUAUUUGAUAUAGCUAUAAACAGCACUUCAAACAAUUUUAAUUUUACUGCCAAUCACAAUGGAAGCUUAUUAAAAUAUUUUGUUGAUCUAAGAAGAAUAAAUAUAUUUCAACCAUUAUUUCUUGGUCAUUAUGCACCAGCUUUCAUAAAACCGGAAUUUUAGUUAAUCUUGUUUCAAUAUUCAUGCGUCACACGGAAAAAAUCAGUUAAAUACACAUGUUGUUUAUUUAUGUCGUACAUCAUUGUAAACAAGAUUAACUAAAAGACAGCAUACACUGUAUUCAAAACCUGUAUGAUCCCAAUUUUACAACAAAAAAUAUCACUGUUUACAUUGUUACAUUCAAUAAAAAAUAUUGUGAAAAUGCCAGUCAUUAUACAGUUUGACAGUUAAAUAAUCAUAUAAAAAGUAUACACAUGAUGGAUGAUGUCAGCAACUUGUUAUAUCAUAAUGAGUGACGUCAUCGAAUAUAAAUCUACAAAAAAUGUGGAUGACGUCAUCAAAAUGUGUUAACUCUAAACGGUGACGAGUGAAUAUUUGGUGUACUAUGCCUAUAUUGAAUUAUCUAUGCAAUGGAUUCCAUGACACAUUUUGGGCACUUUGUUUUGAAUUUGAUGCACACUUUCCAAUGUGUGACUUUUAAUAAAAAUGAAUGUUUAUCUAAA